UGCACUCGCGGCCGACACCAAUGGAAGAGAGCUCCUGCGUCUUCUCCGCCAGUCGACCAGAUGAGGAGCGACGACGUCUCCGUCGACGACGGGGGUCUGUCUCUUCAUUCUCCUCUGUCUCUCCCGCUUUCUUCUCUUCCUGCUCAUUCUGCUGGUGCUUCUUCUGUCUCGUUCUCUUUCUCUCGUGGCCGACGUUGCCAAGCCAAGGAGCUGAUGCAAGUCCUCAUGCGCCGUCCGCGCAGCCCAGUCCUCUCGCGCUGAUCAGGAAGGACGGAGAGACACAAGGAAACGGAGAAGUUCUUCAGACAGACAUCUCAGGAAAGUCUUCCGACACCCGUCCUCUCGCACCUCUCUCCACUGCUCCUUCGUCUCCCCCUCCUGCGACUUCGUCUCAAGUCCUGUCUCCUUUCCGCUUCUCUGCUGAGCCUCGCGAGUUUGCGGCUUGGCGAGCGUCGGGGUUCCUUUUUGACCGAACAUGCACGCGUCUCUUCCUCUUUCCAGAAGCUGAGCAAUUCGCCGUCCCAGUUCUCGCCGACGUCUCCUCUGUCUCCGGCGUCUCCGAUUCCGUCAGCUUGCCUUCGCCGAGUCUGCGAGGCUUGCCUGUUCAGGAGCGUGAGAGCCGCGACGGCUUGUCUGCGUUCGAGGAGGACGGUCUUCCGAGUUCCAACUCUUCUUCGUUUCCUCAGACACGGGCCAUCGUCACGCAUCUGUCGCGAACCGAGGGAGCCGUGGAGAGUCUCUUCGGCCUCGUCGAGUCGUGGAGAUUCACCUUCGGUGUGUUGGAUCGAAAGGACGUCGCUGGCGACGAACUGCCUUCAACGCAUCUUUUAAAGUCUCCGCUUCUUCACCGACAGGUUGCUGUCAGCGACGAAGAGGCGAGAGACGCGACCCUCCGGUCUCCACCCGACUCGACUCCACUCAUCACCGAUCUUCUCGUCUUUGCGGACCCGCGCGUCGAAGCAGCCACACUGCCUCCUGUUUGUGAACAGCUGCGGCCUUGGGAAGGCCAUCACGUCGCCGCCCUCCGUCUCCAGUCUCGUCUCCGCCGUGUCUCUCUCCUUCGCUCUCUCUCCUCUCACUCUUCUUCUCGUGUGUCUCCCUCCUCUUCCUCUCCUUCUCUCGCGUCUUCUUUCUCGCGUCGACUGCAUGUCCCGCGUUUGUCUGCGCGGAACUGGCAGACGCAUGCAAGUCGCUGUUUCGUCAUUUUCACCUUCGUGGCGGGGACUGAGACCCCCGACGGUCGGUGGGAUCGCGUGCGCGAGGCGGCGGAUCUCGCGUUCCUCGCGGAGCCUGUCGUCGCAGCGACUGUGAGUGUCUACGACGAAGUUCUGAAGGUGCCAGCUUCUGCCCUUCUGACGCCGUCGCUCCUGCACCCGCCGAGAAGAAGCGCGGAGAUCGACGGGGCGCCGCCCGGCAGAAGGCGACAGGCGAGAGCUGCGCUCGCCUUUGAAGGAAAAAAGGAGAACCGCACCCGCUGGCUCGUCGCACAAGAAGACACUGCAUGCAAAUCCGACACGAGCGAAGUCGCGCUCAAGGAAUACGCACGGCUUUUUGGUUUGAAGAUGCCACAGUCCGUCUGGAUCGGCGACGUCUGGAGGGGGGCCCCGCAACUUCUCUCGCGACUUUCGCGUCUCGCCUUUUUGAUUGCAGAUUUCCUUCUAUUUCAUGAUCCCGUGCUCGGACGCACGGAAGGCGGUUACGGAUGGACUUUGUCUUGUCUCUUCGCCUACGCUCUCCAUCUUGCCGCGUCGCAUUUAGUGCAUCCUGAGAUGCUCCUUGUGGAUCCCCGUCUCUCUCUCGAUCUUUCUGAGUCCUCGUCUGAGGCUGCGGCUGAGGAUCUGUCCAAGACUGAGAGCAUCGUGUUGAUUUCUGGAGAGUCACGGCAGGUCCAGGACGGAGCGAAAGGUGGAGGAAAAGCAGCAGAGGCUUCUAGCAUUCUUCUGUCUCUGUACCGGAACGUGGAAGAAGAGGCGUCACUCGCGUUCCCGCUGGCUUUGACUGAAUUCGAAGAAACUGACGCGAAAUCGCCGGAGAACGGACCGAGUGUCCUGGCCUACGCAAGAACGUGUGUGUUCUAUGGAAGCCGGAGAUAUCGGCAGCGAAAACGCGCAGUCCGGUCGCCUUUCUUCCACCCACCUGUGCUGCGUCUCGGCGAAGAACUUGUCGAUGGGCCGGCCGUCUCUCAGAGCUCGACCGACGCCGCCGACCUCGCUCGCGAUACGCCUCUGUUUCCGACGGCUUUGAUUCGAAAGGAACUGACGGACUUCUUUCGGUGUCCUGCAGACCAUCCCUAUCCUUUUUCGGACUCUGCGUUCGCAGACAAAUGCUGCAAGACGAAACUGGAUUGCGACAGCCAGCCUCUGACCUCUCUCUCCAAGUGUUGCGGUAACAAUGUGGCGUGUCGCGCUCCGCCGUGUGACCCGGACGCAGACGAUGCUGUCAUGGACGUCCCACCCGCCACAUCGGCGAGCGAGUGUCCAGCGGCGUUUCCGUACCCGUACAGUCCGACUCGCGCCUUGACGUUCUGCUGCGCGAGCGACCGAGACUGUUCGGGGGAACCGCUGCAACCGGAGUCUAAGUGUUGCUACAACCACGCGUACGCGGAGUGCUUGGAUGCGCCGUGCGCUCCUCACAGAAACGUGUUGGUGGCUCUCGGGGCGGCGCACCGAUACAGCUUGACUCCUGAGCGUGCACCGCGACUCGUGGAGAUGAUGGGGAAACUGAACGCGAGCCGCAACCAAAGCGUGCGAAUGGCUGUGGAGGCACUGCAGCAUCUGCACUUGGUGGAGAAUUUCAUCAACGAAGCUUUCCGGGACAGGUCAGAACACGAAGUACACCGUCGCUAGUCAGGUGAAUGGCGCCGUCUGGCUGCUCGGCGGAUCAAAAAGCGCUCGGGGCCGCGGUGUACGCGUGCCUUCGCCACGUGGACCGGGACCUCCGCGCAGCAGACUGACGUGGAUUUCCACGAGAGGAAUGCCAGGACAUUAGUGCAUAGGAAUGUGCGUCUGAGGAACGGAACAGUACAUUGGAUCA